UUCAAUAUUCCUGUACUGAAAAACAAGUUCUCAGACAGGUUCGGCCAUGAUCUGACGUACAAAAUUGUCCAGAAAUCCGAGAACCCUUGCAUGCUGAGGUAAAUCUCCAUACAAAAGAUCAGCUCUGACACCUCAGAACAGGAACAAGUCUAUACAUCCUGAGAAACGACCUCAGAGUAAUAAGAUAACUGCCUGAUCGUCAGGAGGGCUCGUUAAGUCCAAGAAGAAUAGAAACGGGAAAUAUAUGGGGAUUUAUUCAAAGAUCAAGACCAAAAUUAGUAAUGACAAAUUUGGACUCUUUCAAAAGCCAUUUGACUACAAUCAAUCAUUUAUAAAAUAAGAAGAACCCUUCAUGUAAUAGCCGGACGAGUAAUUUAUUAGAUAAGCGGAAUACUAUGUUCGAGGGUACUUAUAAGGUCAAGCCUAAAUAAAAUUAAUGAAUUUGAUGCCUAUAACCUAACAGUAAAUAAUCAAUUUGAUCUCAACAGAACAGUUGAUAUGUUGAUUCACAAGAAGAAUAAGAACUAUUCGCAAAUCUCUAAUCUUCGUUCGAUCAAUAGGCCUAAGUCUAUGGAGCGGAUAAAGCGGAAGCAAUUAGCUACUUCCAAGAUCAAGAAACCGUGCAAGAGCAAGCCUCGGAAAUAAACCUAAAAAGAUCAAAAAUGAAGUAUCUACCUUUAGCCAGGUCAGAGCUUUGGUUGGAACAAAAUCUAACAGAGAAAUCAAACAAUACUUGCUACAGAGUAGGAAUGCCAAGCAAAAGAUCAGUCCCUCAACCUCAUAUAAGAGUCGGAGAUUCAAGCUUGAUUCGGAAACACAGAAAGUUUGUAAGCCCAAGAAAGGUAGAGAGCCUAAACUGAAUAUCCAAACUAAAAUGAACAAGUCAGUGAUAUACACGAGCAAGCCUAAAAAGAAGGUAAAAGAUAAGCAGUUCCGACCUAUUACGGAUAAGACACAGAUCUUGCCUAUGCUAACAAGCUUCAAGAAGGGUGAUAUGAGCUUGAAUGCUAACCUUCUUCGUCAAAGUCUCAGCAGCAAUGUGAAGUCUCCUUCUCUCAAAUUUGUCAAGCAAAGCUCUACUAUGAAGGUAUCGGAUACUACAAAUGCUAGUGCUGAUUCCUUCUUAAAAAGCUCAGCUAGAAACCUUAAUAAAGAGAAGAAGCCGAAACCAGAAACUAUAGUUAAGCCUUCGAAGCCUAAGAAGCCAGCGGCUGAAGAGAAAUCAGUUCGGCUUGACGAUACUGUAAACAAAGGCAAAAAUAUCGAAGAUCAGGAAAAACGAAUCCACCAGAAUAGAGAAAAUGUAUUGUCAUUUGGACCUCUAGUUAACGAGAGUCUUGAAAUUCCUCUGGAUCCAAAAUAGCUCAAAAGAAAGCAGCAAGAAAUCUAAGAAGAGAAGCAAAGGAGAUACGAAAAACAAGGAGGAUGGGACUAAUCUCUCGCUCCAUUCUUACGAAGAUACGGAUGAAGCUAAUGAGAAGUACUAUAGUGAACAAGAGCUGUCACGCAACAUACUGGGCAUUAAUCAGAACUCUACCGGCAACGAAAAUAAUAAGGACAUCAAGAAUACUAAUAAUGACCAGAAGUCGAAUUCCAAGACUCAAGACCUUCCAAGCGAUUUUAAUAUUUUUAAAUCUGGUGUUCGCAGUCCUGAUAAAGAGGCCUCAAGUCAAGAAAUCCUCUCUGAUGAUGACUCUUACGAAUAUAUUGUAGACAAGGAGAUCCUUGAUUACAUUGAGAGCCUCAGAGAUCGGUUUGAUCUCGACUCCAUUCAGACGACCAAAGAGUUUAUUGACAGGAUUAAUCAAGAGUUAGACUCUCCUGAAUUAACAGAAAAGCAAUUUUAUGCUCUCCAGGAGCUCAAAUAAAGGCCUUAUAUAUGAGCUAGAGGAGCCAAUUGAAAUUGAAGGCGAUAUUGACACUGAUGAGGACGUAAGAGAGGAGGAUGAUUAUGCUUAUGUGCUUACUAAAACCCCUCCUAAGCCUUCUAUUAUCACCACAAAUGAGCAGAUAGCACCAAUGAACUACAAUAGGGGUAAUUCAAAACCCUUAGAAGGAGACAAAUUCUGAACAAGUUUCACACCUAACAUCCAAAACAGUCAUAAGUUAUUUAUUAACAACAACACUGACGUCUUUAACCUAAAGCUGCAUGAUAGUGACCAAGGGUCGAAAGCAAGCACCUCUAAAACACCUUGUUUCAUCGAAACACCAAGCAACAGCAGUCAAAUAAAUUCUCUAAGUGGGACUAAAGGUGGGCUUUUCAAGGCAAACUCAGGCUCUAAGGAAGUUAUGGGAGCAUCUUGAAAAGGCAACAAGAUGCUGAACCCACAAGACCUCAUUACAGCAAUGAAUAACUCGAGAGAAAAACAAGGGGCCAAGCAGUUGUUAUCAUCAGAGAAAAGUAGUGUUGAGAAUUUUCAAAGGAAAUUUCAAAAGACUCUUUCCUUUGGAGAUAAGCAAUAA